CUGCAAUGGAGAUUAGUGAUCAGAGAUGCAGCAGGAGGCAACCAGACCAUUAAUAGCUUCAGUAUUACUUUCACUUUUUCUCAUAUCCUUGCAUUUGUUGUUGUGCUCAGCCCAAAGUUCACUUCCCAACUUCACCAGGAAUGACUUCCCUUCAGACUUUGUCUUUGGAGCUGGAACUUCAGCUUAUCAGGUUGAAGGAGCAGCUGCUGAAGAUGGAAGGAGUCCAAGCAUUUGGGACACUCAUACCCAUGCAGGGAAGAUGCCAGACAAGAGCACUGGAGAUAUUGCUUCAGAUCAAUACCAUAAAUAUAAGGAAGAUGUGAAGCUCAUGAGUGAUGCUGGAUUGGAAGCAUAUAGGUUCUCCAUCUCUUGGUCAAGACUUAUCCCAAAUGGGAGGGGUGAGGUCAAUCCUAAAGGAUUGAAUUACUAUAACAAUCUCAUCAAUAAACUGAUUGAAAAAGGAAUUCAACCGCAUGUUACUCUUUAUCAUCUGGACCUUCCUCAAGUGCUUGAAGAUGAAUAUAAUGGCUGGUUGAGCCCCAAAAUAGUGGAUGAUUUCACAGCAUAUGCAGAUGUGUGUUUUAGAGAAUUUGGAGAUAGAGUGUCUCAUUGGACAACCAUAGUUGAAGUAAACGUCAUGUCAAUGGGAUCCUAUGAUAAUGGAGUGUUUCCACCUCAAAGAUGUACAUAUCCAUUUGGAAUCACCAACUGCACUGCAGGAAAUUCCAGCACAGAGCCAUACAUUGCCACUCACAAUGCAUUGCUUGCUCAUGCUUCAAUUUUUCAUUUAUACAAAACAAAAUACCAGGCUUUUCAACAUGGUUGGAUAGGCUUGAAUAUCUACACAUUCUGGUAUUCUCCAUUCUCCAACUCCAAAGCUGAUGUUCAAGCAACAAAAAGAGCAAGAGAUUUCUUGUUGGGAUGGAUUUUAGAUCCACUGGUGUUGGGAGACUAUCCAAAGAUUAUGAAAAAGAUAGUGGGAUCAAGGCUUCCAACAUUCACCAAAUCUCAAUCAGAGUAUUUGAAAGGCUCAUUUGAUUUCAUUGGUUUGAAUCAUUAUACUUCACUCUUUGUUGCUGAUAACUCUGCUGAGGCCCUUGCAAUGCCUAUUAGAGACUAUAGUAGUGACAUUCUUGCUACUCUCACAGUGUCAAGGAAUGAAACACCAAGUGGCCAGUUCAUUCCAACAACAACUCCAAAUGAUCCAGAUGGGCUGAGAAAAAUGCUGGAAUAUUUCAAACAAAAAUACAAAAACCCUCCCAUUUAUGUCCAAGAAAAUGGUUAUGGGCUUGGUGUAAAACACACAAUGAAGGACACUGACAGGAUUAAUUAUUUGAAUGGUUAUAUUGGAAGUACUUUGGAAGCAAUCAGGAAUGGAGCAAAUGUGAAAGGAUACUUUGUGUGGUCAUUUAUGGAUGUUUUUGAGUUUUUGGCUGGAUAUCAAUCAAGAUUUGGACUCUAUUUUGUGGAUUUUGAUGAUAAAGAGCGCAAAAGAAUUCCCAAAUUAUCUGCACAUUGGUACUCAAACUUUCUCAAAGGGAAAAACAUCAAGGAAAUGCAAGGUGAUCGUAUUGUUGUUCUUGAUUUUGAUUCAAAGUGAGUCAUCUCAUUUUGAAAAUUGAUCCUUGUUUUCAUCAUUAAAUUUUACUUAGUACAAGGACGGAAUUUAAAAUAUCUUUUAUAUA